CUUUUGGAACUUUUCGAUUCGGAAGAUCCACGUGAACGUGAUUUUUUGAAAACGGUCUUGCAUCGUAUUUAUGGCAAAUUUUUAGGUUUACGAGCAUUUAUAAGAAAGCAAAUCAAUAAUAUAUUUUUGCGUUUUAUCUAUGAAACGGAGCAUUUUAAUGGUGUCGGUGAAUUACUGGAAAUUCUGGGAAGCAUUAUCAAUGGUUUCGCUCUACCGCUUAAAGCCGAACAUAAACAGUUUUUAGUUAAGGUGUUGCUUCCUUUGCACAAAGUGAAAUGCCUAUCGCUGUAUCAUGCUCAGUUGGCCUAUUGUAUUGUACAAUUUCUCGAAAAGGAUCCGUUUUUAACGGAGCCGGUUGUACGAGGCCUUUUGAAAUUUUGGCCAAAGACCUGUUCGCAAAAGGAAGUCAUGUUUUUGGGUGAAAUUGAGGAAAUACUCGAUGUUAUUGAUCCACCUCAGUUUGUCAAAAUUCAAGAACCACUAUUUCGUCAAAUCGCCAAAUGUGUAUCGAGUCCUCAUUUUCAGGUUGCCGAGCGUGCUCUUUAUCUGUGGAACAAUGAAUAUGCUAUGUCCCUAAUUGAAGAAAACAAUGCCGUUAUAAUGCCCAUUAUGUUCCCGGCAUUAUAUCGCAUUAGCAAAGAACACUGGAAUCAAACAAUUGUGGCAUUAGUCUAUAAUGUAUUAAAGACUUUUAUGGAAAUGAAUUCGAAAUUAUUCGAUGAACUUACCUCCAGUUAUAAGGCGGAGAGGCAAAAAGAGAAAAAACGCGAAAGAGAUCGUGAAGAGCUAUGGAAGAAACUACACGAAUUGGAGCUCAAUCGUACCAAGAGCUUACAGGCAGCAAAUCCAACAACAAAUGCUAGUGGUGCCUCAACAACAGUCGGCGGCGGUAGCAACAGCGCCAACAGUCAACAACAGCAGCAGAACACAAAUUCGCAACAAUCGAAUAGUAGCAGUGCCGGCGGAGCUGCCACCGCCAAUGCCCUGGGAGCGGCUGGCGAUAAUAAAUCAGCGUUAAGCGGUGGCAGUUCAGCGCAAGCUGCGGCCGGUGUUAAUCCCUUUGCCAAAAUCAAGGCGGAUAAGGUAGAGAACUAA